AUGUCAUCGUCCGAGUUGGGCGACCUGCUACUCUGUCAAUGGGAGCACUUGGCCGCAUCUGCUGGUGUACUACGCACUACUAUUGACGACACAAGACGGCGUUGUGUCCCUGGAUCGCUGGGUCUCGUUGUUCAGUUCAAUCCAAGUCACAUUGAGAGUAAACGACCAGUUGACCCGCAGCUCUUGAAAGCGUCGACGGAUGAAUCUGCUGUUACCCAAAAGACAUUGGGGUUCAACUUCACCCUCGCCAAGAAAGCAGAGUACCUAUGUGGACUGCGUUUUAAGACACACGAGGACCAGCGCCUUCCUUCGGUCCAAGCGACUGGUAUUGAAGAGCGGGGAGUAGAGCAUUUCGUUCUUGUCAACGUAGCUCCGUUGGUCCGGGGCCACGUGUUGUUCGUGCUCGACAUGGACCUCGUCAACCCGCAGAGCCUGACCAAAAAGUAUAUGCACUACGCUCUUGGGAUCUCCCGAGCGAUUCAACGCGAAGACUUUGCGCUCGGGUUCAACAGCGCUGGAGCUUGGUCAUCGGUGAAUCACUUGCAUCUGCACGGGUACUUCUUCCCUCAACGUGAAGACCGGACGAGUGCAAACUUUCCCGUUGCAAGUCAAACGAAAGAAGUGUUAUUUCGUGUUGGCGGAACGCUGGUGAACCGCCUUCCAGACUGGGCAGCAACAUGUUUCGUCAUUGAGGCCGAGGACGCAGCUAACGAUGGCGUCGAAGUUGCACAGAUCGCGUGGACUCUGUUGGAGCUUCUGCAGUCUCGAGGAACUCCACAUAACCUCCUUGUUGUAGACAUGAAGGUGUUCAUCUAUCCGCGUCAACCACAGUGCGAAAAUGGCACUGGUCUCUCGAGCAGCUACUCGAACACAAUGUCAGCAGCACUUGUGGGACGGCUGCGCAUCGCUGUGGCGGAGCUAUCGGGACUUGUUGUUGUUGGAGAUCGCGCAGAUUACGAGAAUCUCACCGAAGAGACGUUCAGCGCAAUUCUGGACAGCGAAGUGUCGCUUUCAGCGGCCGAAGAGGCUGCACUCGUAGCAACGUGGAAAGAAAACAUACGAUUGAGAUGGUAG